UUUGUGAUCUUGAUUUCUGAAUCGACUUUUUUAUUGACUGCAAAUUGUGGGUUUGUUGUGAUAUCGUUUUUGAAAUUACUGACUUCUUCUGGGUUUUUUAAAUUCUUUCUUCUGUAAGUUUUCUUCCUUUCUUUUGUUCUUAUGUUUUCAUAUUUUGAUUUGGGUUUUAGUGGAAAUUGUUGGAUUCGCUUAAGUUUUAACUAGUAAUCGGUGGGGUAUGUUUUCUUUUAUCUGUUGAUCGAAAUCUUCUGUUGGCAGAGAUUAGAGGAAUACCUCUGGAAUAUGUUUUCAUAUAUUUUUUUUUAAAGUAGAAAAAAGACUAUGAUUAUAUGACUAUUUGGCAGAGGUUAGAGGAAUACCUCUGGAAUAGGUUUGAAUUAGAAUACACAAUUUUUAAAAGCCUUACCAUCAAAUAAUACUCAUGAUUAGAUGAGUUCAGUAUGAAAAAAGUUUGAUUUCACAUUCCCUAGUAGGUCAAUGGAAAGGGUCAUCCUUUUCUCUGCCUCCAUUUAUUUCAUAUGUUGAAAUGAAAUCAAACUCGUAUUAAAUUUUGUUAAUCCUAUGGCAUUGCUUGAAUUUAACUGCUAUCAGAAAAAAUUAACAUGAAGAUAGCUUAUUCCUUUUUAUGAGAGAUGAGACAGUUGCUUGAAUUAUUUUGUGAAGAGAAAAUGGCAGGGUGAAAACUUUUGAACCUUGCAUUAUCAAUUUCCUCUUUGCCUAUGGAAAAGUAUAUUUAAAAUUUAAUGGCCCCGAUCUUAAGUUUGUAACAAUUUUGUCAUUGUGUUUCCAAAUUUAUAAGAACUCAAUCCUUAAACUUUAGUUAAGCUCCUGAAUCUCUGAUAUACAAUGCAAGUAAAAGGCAUUUUUGAGUUUUAAAAGAAAGAAGUAAAGAAUGUGAGAAAGAAAACGGGGGAAGCCUUGAAUCAGUCUCAAGAAACAGAAUGUUAUAUGAAGGACUUUAGGAGUUUCUUUUGUCCUCAACAUUUAUGUUCUAGUGGGAAAUUUAGGCUUUGUUAUUUGCUAAAGAAAAGAAUGAGGUUAGAGAAGUGUUGGUUCUGUUCCUCCACAAUAUAUCCAGGACAUGGUAUUCAGUUUGUUCGCAACGAUGCGACGAUUUUUAGAUUUUGUCGGUCAAAAUGCCACAAGAACUUCAAGAUGAAGAGAAAUCCUCGUAAAGUAAAAUGGACUAAGGCUUACAGGAGAUUGCAUGGAAAGGAUAUGACACAGGACUCGACUUUUGAGUUUGAGAGGAAGCGCAAUAGGCCGGAGAGAUAUGACAGGAAUCUCACCGAAGAGACAUUGAAGGCUAUUAAGAAGAUCGAUAAAGUCAGAGCCAAUAGGGAAUCGAGACACAUUGCACGCAGACAUCAAGGAAAGAAAGCAAAGGAGCUUGGCGAGGCACAGAAGGAAUUGGAUCAAAGCAUCAGUUUGGUCAAAGCACCUUCUGCUCUCAAGGAGGAUCCUUCCCUCACCCUUCCAAAGAUCAAAGUCAAGGUGGUACCAUCACAAGCAGAGCAAAAUCAGCGUAUGGAAGAAUGAGUUUGUUUGUGCUUUUGGUUUUUUUCUUGAACCUAUGACCUCGAGAUUAUUGUACAUACUUCAUGUUGGUUGUUUAGCCCUUUUUAGUCCAAUUGUAGUUUUUAUCUUUGAACUCUUUUCUUCCCUUUUCAUCCAACAAUUAGAAAGUUUUACGUUUUCUUGAGAACUCCAUCAAUAGAAAGUUAGUUAAUUGUUUAAAGGGAAA